AUGCAUGCUAGGCAGCGCAAUGUUGGAAAUGGGUACAGAUCUGGAAUGGGAAUGUCUGGUUCUAGAAUUUCACCUGACCGUCCUAUGAGAGGACAUGGGUUCUAUGGUUCUGAAUACCAACACCGUGGGUUUAACCGUGGAUAUGGAAGAGGAAGGGGACGCUCUAAGUCAUACCAGAAUCAGCUGCCUCCGCCUCUACCUCCUCAACCGGUGCAACAAGGUAGAAGUGGUGGCGGCGGUGGCGUUUUCAUGGAGGCAGGUCGUCUAGCAGUAGAGUACUUGGUUUCUCAGGGUGUUCUACCACAAACUGUGCUUUCCAGUAAGUGGCAGAAUGGUAAUUUCAGGAAGCAGGCUGGGGAGUUUCAGAGUUCUAGGUCACAGGAAGCGGCUCGAGUGGAGGUUUCAGAUUCUGGUGCGGAUAAAAGGAGGUAUAUUGAUGGCUAUAGCUCAGCUGGCUCUAGGAAUAAUCUGAAAGGAAGGAGAUCUCACCGUUAUGAAUCGGAUUUCGGGAGGAGCGGAUCCUGGUCAGAGAGAAGUAAAGGUUUUGAGGUCGAGGCUGGUGAUGACUCUGUGUCUGGGCAUCGAGAAGAGCAGCCACUUGCUGAAGAUAUUGCUAGCUCGGUUCAGCGGUCAGUCUCUGGUGAAUUUAUGAGAAAGCGUGAAGGAGCGGGUGAUUCAGAGUCUGUGUUGGACAAGUACAAUCUCCAGGAUGAGGCACAGUCUAAGACAGGUUCCUCGAGUGCUGGGAAAGAAAUAGUACAGGAUUGUGAAAUCUCAAAAGUCUCUGAAGGUUCUUCUAGCUUGAGUGCUGGAUCAGGAGAGAUGAAAGGUAGGACUGGUGGUAAUGGUGGAGAGAAUGAGAACCAAACUGCAAUAGAAGAUGCAUCUAUCCAUCAGCAUUGUGAAGAUGCAUCAAUCCAUCAACAUUGUGUGGCUGAUGAAUCAUUCACCAAGAGUGGUAUUGAUUUGGCAACGCUGUGUAAAUUUGAGAAGGUUCCUACGAGGACACGCUCUUCUUUGACUGCAAAAGGCCCAAAGCUUUAUUUGAGUCAAAAUAUGAAGGAAACCUCUCAUAAUUCUGAACUUGUAGAAGAAGCUCAAACAGAAAAUCAAUGCGAGACUCAAGGCCAAUUAUCUGGGAAGGCCGAUAGUACUGGCGACGAAGUUUUUAAUGACCACGUCGAAGAUUUACCUCUUGUUCAGUUCGUUGAGAACAGUAAAUGUCAUAGGUCCAAUUCUUUCCCUAGUAGCAUUCUUAGGGACAAUAAUGAGAAAGAUUCAGGAUUAAAAUCGCCUAAUCUGCACAGAUCGCAUUCGGUGGGGAAAGGAGGGGAGAAGCGGGCAAGUGAAGGUAAUGACUUGAAGGAGGGAGCAAAAAGACAGAGAAAUUGGGUGCCUUUGCCAGUUUCGGAAGCCAAUGAACGCUUCAACAUAUGUAAAACAAGUGAAAUCCAAUGCCAUCCGGGAGAAGAAGAAAAGACAAGCUCGUUCAACAUGAGACUGAUUAACAGUGCUGCUGAAAAAAGGGUCAGCCAUGAAAAUCUUGUUAAUAACUCUACACGUAAUAGUGUACACAAGGGAAAAUCAGGUCCCGGAUAUGCAGAAGAGCGUCAGCUGUUUCCUGCUUCAUUUAAAACCUGUGAUCUAAAUCUAGGGGGAACAUCGGAUGUGAAUGAUGGCAAAAGGGAAUCUGGUCAAGCUGUUGAUCUCUCAAUCAGCAGUUCUAGCAAGUCUCACGAGUUCAGUACUAGUACUCGGAUGAGCAAUGGUAAAGAAAUAGAAGUGAUUGAUUUGGACAACGAUGAUUCUCCAGAAGUGGUCAAGUCCAACAAUGAUCCGGGAAGAAAGCAAGAAGCUGCCCCAUACAUGGGCAUCGACGGCGUUCCCGACUACAAUGAAGGGCUCAUGAUGGUAGAGUUUCUUGAUUCCUUUGGAAACAUUCCUCCAAUAAACCCGGGAAUCAGUAGUGUGCCGCCGAAUAACGAAGUUAGCCUUCAAGACCAAGAGGGAGCUAUUGGAAAUGACCAAGUAGCAAAUAAUACAGAUGAUGAUUCGAUCUUCAUGUCACUCGGAGAAAUACCAUUGACAUUCUUGCAAGCCUGGGACCAACCUCCGGCGCGAGGCUACGAGAAGCCUUUCUGA